UCCAAAGUGUGGCGACAGACAUGCCGUCUUACCUUAUGACAUGAUAUCCAUCGAGUGUAACCCGAAGAUGAGCGGGAGAUAUAUCAGGAUCGUGUUAAUAACGGCAUUUAACGCACUGACACUUUGCGAGGUGGAGGUUUAUACUGAUAACUCAAUGUGUGGAGGACAGGCCAUUGGCAUAUCUGACAGUCACGUGAUCUCCGACGCUAAGCUGACCGCGAGCUCCAGUCAGUCGGGAUUUCCCGCGAGUAGUGGUAGACUGCUGGGUGCGAGCGCGUGGAAGCCUGUGUCUUUGAGUACUGACAAAGAACCUUGGAUUAUGGUAAACCUCGGCGCGAAGUAUCACGUGUGUGCUGUGGGGACUCAAGGGAGUCCAGUUGAUGGCGACAGAAGCACAGUGUACAUGAUAGAUUACUCACUGGACGGGAGGAGCUGGACAAUCGAAAACAUUGACAAUACAGGCAACAGGGAUCAAAACACCAUUAUAAAGAACCCCCAGUCAAUGUCUGCGAUGUUUAUUCGAGUUAGGCCUCGAUGGCGGUCAGGUCACCCAUUGUUCGCCCUAAGGAUGGAGGUGUAUGGCGUCAUAGUAGCAUGUACAGCUCCAUUUGGAUUAGAAAACAACACGAUUCCCGAUGGUCAGAUAUCCUCCAAUUCAUCCGAGGCCAGCCACCCUGCCAGUCAAGGCCGCUUGUACGGAGCCUCGUCCUGGUGCAGUGUGAUGUCAUCAUCUGGGUACCUGCAAGUCGACUUGGGUUCAAGAAAGACGGUUACGGGGAUAGCAACACAGGGUGACCACACUAGAGAUAACUGGGUUACGAAAUACAAAGUCCUUCACAGCCAUGAUAACAAGCUAUGGAUGGAGACUCAAUCUGCGGAGUUUGAUGGUAAUAGUGACCGAGAUAAUGUGAAGGUGAACUGGUUUACAAGACCUGUUGGCGCACGUUACAUUCGCGUCCUUUCGACUGCCAGCAACGGAGCUACCUGUAUGCGGAUGGAGCUAUAUGGAUGCAACAGAUACGUCGAAGUUAAAGUUGCACCAAUGAGUGACGUCGUCCUACCUGCGUCAUCCAGUGGUCACGUUGAUUUACAAUGCCUAGCACGUGGAUAUGGCAUGGAAAUCACGUUCCGAUGGACGUUGACUGAAUCUGACGUUACUCAUCUCUCCGGUGGUGCCAGAAGAAACAACACUCACGCCAUGUCUUCAUUUCGAUACAACUUCACAAGCGCAGAAGCUGUAUUUGACGCAUCUAACUGCACUCUCCCAUCUUCUGGUAGAGACGUGUCUUGUAAAAGUCGAUUUCCGUACAGAUGCAUCGCAUGGUAUCCCACGCUUCCUGGGGGUGUUGUUGACUAUAAAGAGGCCUUUGUCACUACCACCUUAAAGUUGCCUGGGAAACCAUUUGCCGUCAAUUCAACCGAAGUCAGAUCUCGUUCAAUAUCUUUAACAUGGAGUUCCCCUGUGAAGGAAGAUGGUGAGCUGAUGACGACAUCGUACAAGAUAGAGCUGGUCACUAACGGAACGAUAUACACAAGCUCUAGCAAUCAGUCGGCAGUGACGGGUCUCAAGCCAUACACGGGCUACAGGUUCAGAGUAAAAGCCGUCAGUUCAAGAGCAGAAGGAGCCUGGAGCGAUGAGGCGCAUAUUGUUACGGAGCAGGAAGCUCCAAGUUAUUCCCCCGAAGACCUUGCAGUUGGUUACAGUGACGGGAAAGCUCAUAAUAUUACCUGGAAUCCAAUCCCACACAACCAAAGUAAUGGCGUCAUCGUAGUUUACGAAAUCACGUGGGUCAAAGUAGCCAAUAUAACGCGAAGUCGUCGCGCGCUUGAUGCUGUGUCGUCGGCAAACACGUCAUCUACGUCAUACCGCCUGACAAAUCUGCUGCCCUGCUCAGUUUACAACAUCAGCGUCCGUGGAUACACUAUAGCGGGCCCUGGACCCUUCACACGACCAUUGAGUCUGAACACACCCGCCCCUGGUGCGGCAAAAGACGUCAAGGCGGUCAUAGAUAGUGGUAAAGUGAAUCUAAGCUGGAAGAAGCCAGACCUUGAUGUCCUUGGCUUUAAGAUUUACUACUCGGGCUCCAAGUCCUACGACCCAUCUUUCAAUCACCAAGAGACACAAGGGCCAGUGAGCAGAACUGCUACAACCAGAGAGAUCUCGGGGCUCGUGCCGGGCACACGCUACGAGUUCAAAAUAAGAACACUGACUUUGUGUGGCGAAGAAGAGUUCAGCAACACAACGGUUGUAGAUACGGAAAUAGAAAAUCCCAAGGCUCCAAACGUAUCCGAACCUGCAACAGUGAAUGGUAGUUCGUCAGGAAAAGCAAACAUCACCUUGUGGCCGGUAAAGCAGACCAACGGACCAAUCAGUUUUUACCAGGUUAUUGUGGCGGACAGGACUGAUGGAAUCCCUGUUGCAAAUUUCUCCGAGCUGGAUAAGAAUCAGGAAGAGUCUCCCGAUCUGUACAUUUCUGCUCAGAUUGAUUACGCAGCAGUUGGUGCAUCAGGUUUUGCAUUUACUCUUGGUAACGGAAAGCUCUAUGGUGGCUUUACUAACGGCAAGCUGGAGGGGGGAAAGACUUAUGAAGUUUUCCAAAGAGCAGUGACGAAAACAGAUAAGAAAUUGUACAUUGGUAAAGAGGCCUUGAUUGCAACUGUUUCUACCAAAGUUUCUACAAAAUCAUCCCAAUCCCCAGUAGAGGAGAAAGGUGGACCAGGAGGGGAGGUUGCUGCAUAUGUGCUGGUCCCUCUCUUUGUCAUUAUUCUCAUCAUCGUGGCAAUCUUUUUGAUGAGAAGGCGGAAGCGACCUUUGAAAAACAACAACAAAACCAAGUCUCGGGAGCCGCUCGAUGUGGGACUAUCGGACAUGAAUCAUAGCGAUGUUGACAGCUCUCUGAACAAUGGUGCAGAAAUAUCAACAGACGCGCCGAUCAGCACAACUCCUGCCCAGCCUUCAGAUGACUCUCUGAUCUACAGCGAGCCCAUCACUGAAACCAAGCCGGGACCAAUUCCAAAGCAUCAAUUUCCUGAGUAUUUCAAGCGCGUCAGUCAGAACAACUACGCCACCCUUCAUCACGAAUUUGAUAACCUAGCAAAUACGAAGCAAUCCUCAAUCAAUGUAGCAAAGAAGCCAGAAAACAAAAUAAAAAAUCGCUAUGGCAACAUUGUGGCAUAUGACCACACGAGAGUCGUGCUCAAAGGGCCUGGGGGAAAUAGAGAUGGACGCUCUGAUUAUAUAAACGCUAGCUACCUCCAGGGUUUUGAUGGAACUCCUAAGAAAUACAUUGCUGCACAAGGUCCCGUUGAGCCGUCAUGUGACGACUUCUGGCAGAUGGUGUGGCAAGAAAAGUGUUCAGUCAUCGUCAUGCUCACGGGGCUGAUCGAGGGAAGUAAGGAAAAGUGCCAUAAGUAUUGGCCGGAUACCAAUCAGCCAAAACCUUACGGUCAAUAUACUGUGUCAUUGUGCAAGAACGAAGCUUUUGCUGAUUACACGGUCCGGACCUUCUUGGUCACGUCAGCGCCAACAAACGAGCAGCGUUUUAUCUACCAAUACCAUUUCACGGUUUGGCCUGACAAAGGGGUACCCCAGUACGCGACUGCCGUGCUGAGGUUCAGGAAGAAGAUCAUCAACGAGUCUCGUCACAACACCGCACAUUGGAUUGUACAUUGCAGUGCCGGCGUUGGCAGAACAGGCGCAUUUAUUGUGAUAGACGCAAUGCUUCGUCAGGCGAAGGAGAAAAAGGUCGUGGACAUUUACAACUAUGUUCGAGCCACAAGAGGAGACAGGCCCCACAUGGUCCAAACUAAGGACCAAUAUGUGUUUAUUCAUCGAGCGGUUCUUGAAGCUCUGGUGUGUGGAAGUACAGAUAUUCAAGCGCCGAACCUUCGUAAUGUCAUGACUAAACUCGAGAAGAUCCGCCCGCGGGAGCAGGUGUCUGGUUACGAGUCCGAGUUUCAGAGACUUUCCAUCUUUUGGUUAUCGCCUGAUGUUAGGGUGGAGUCUGCGUCGAGGGCUUGCAACGCGUCCAAAAACCGCUUCCCAGACAUUCUUCCAUUGGACAGCCAUCGAGUCGCGCUCCAUUUGAGUGUGGAUAAGGACCCAGGAGCAGAUUACAUCAACGCCUCAUUCGCACACGCAUACAGAGAGAGAAACGCAUUUAUUCUGACGCAAGCUCCACUCGAAGAUACGAUCGCCAGCUUCUGGCGCAUGGUCGUCGACUACGACCUGGGUACGAUCGUCAUGCUGAACAGUCUCGACGAGGAAGAUGAGCACUUCCCACAAUACUGGCCCUCACAAGGCGCCGAGGAGUAUGGCGGAAUAAAAGUCGAGCUCCAAGAAGAAGAUGACAAAUCUUUUUUUAUCUCAAGAAGAUUUGAUAUUACCACGAAGGGAAAGAGCACUCCUCAGAGGAUAUGCCACUUCCAAGUGACUAACUGGAGCGACCACUCAGUGCCUGACAAACCGCUCGACCUUCUUCCCUUAUUGAACGAUAUCCAGACAUCUCAGCAAAAGUCAGGCGACAAGUCUAUUGUUGUUCAGUGCAGUGAUGGCGUCGGUCGCAGUGGAACACUCUGCGCGAUAAUGUCCGUCAUAGAGAGGGUCAAAGUGGAGCACGUUGUGGAUGUCUUCCAGGCCGUCAAAAACCUACGAAUCUCCCGACCAGGUGCAGUUGAGACACUGGAGCAAUACAAGUUCUGCUAUGAUGUCACCCUCGCUUACCUCGACUCAUUCAGCACCUAUGGCAACUUUAGCGAUUGUUAAGCAUGUGCUCUAGUGCUUUGCACAUCAGGAGAAGAGAUUUGCACCAUAUCCCAAGGAUUGCUUGUUGGUAUGCCUGGGCGCGCGCGGUACAAGGUCAAAAUGACAGUGC